AGUAGGAAAUUGGACCAAUAGGUGCAUGCAUGCUGUGGAAGACUUCUCUUACGGAAAUGGGGCCCUGAUUCUGAUCUUAUCUCUAUAAAUGAGGAAUCAGAUCUUCACUUUGGAGACACUGCCUUAGAUCUUCUUGAGCUGUGUUACGAGAUGGCAAUGGUGUUAGAGUUUUUCGUAGAAAGGUUCCUCGAAAAGAUAACCAACUUCGCGGAGGGAGAGAUAUGCAAAGUGCUAUACGUGGGGGCGGAGGUCAAAACUCUGGAGAGAAGGUUGACGAGGAUCAAAGGCUUUCUUCGCACUGCAGAGCAAAGAAGGCAUGUAGAUCCGGACAUGGACACCUGGGUGAGGGAGUUGAAGGAUGUCAUGUACGACGCUGACGAUAUCAUCGAUCUUUGCAUCUUCGAAGGUGGCAGCUUGCUGAAGGUAACCAAUCCUCCUUUCUUUAGACCUAUCAAACACCGCUAUGAAAUCAGUGGUAGAAUAAAAAGACUUAAUGAUAGACUGAUUGAGAUCACGGGAGAUAGAUCUAUAAUACCUGUUGUAGAGAACGUCGAAAAAGGCCUCCCACCUCCCCCAGCAAGUUAUCCUAAGACAUCUUCCAUAGAGGUUAAGGCAGACAUCAUAGGAACCCAAAUCGAAGGCGCUGCCCAAAAUCUGAUCAACAAAGUACUAGAGGUCAGUGAGAAUCGAAAGUGUGUUGUUUUUGGGAUUGUCGGGAUGGGUGGGAUUGGGAAGACCACUCUAGCGCGUAAAGUAUUCAAUGAUGAAAGGAUCAUACAGAACUAUCCGAUUCGAGUGUGGUUGUGUGUAACGAAGAACUAUUCAGAGACUGAUUUGCUCAAAGAAAUGAUUAGAAGCGUCGGAGGAAGUGUUGAAGGAGCUGAGAGUAGAGCGGAGCUUGAACCUAAACUUGUUUCCCUCCUAUCGAAAAAUUUGCUUCUGGUAUUAGACGAUGUAUGGAGUCCAGAGGUAUGGGAAGAUUUACUCAAGAACCCUUUGAUGCAUGAGGCAGCCAGUAAUUGUAGGAUCGUAGUCACCACUAGAGACGUAAACGUGGCAAGAAAUUUGGGAGACAAUGUUCAUCAUGUUGAGAAAAUGGAUGAAGAGUGUGGCUGGGAAUUGCUGUGGAAGACGGUUUGGGAUAAUAGAAAGAAGGGCGAUAGUUCUAUCUUCAAAGAAAUUGGAACUAAAAUGGUUCAAAAAUGUGAUGGACUUCCUCUCGCAAUAAAGGUUCUUGCGGGGGCUUUAAGAUCCAGGAGAAGUCCGAUGGAGUGGGAAAAGGUUCUCAGAAGUGAUCUAUGGACGAUGAAGAAGCUCGAUGAGAAAAUACCGGGGGUUUUGUACUUGAGUUAUGAAGAUUUGCCUUCUCAUCUUAAGCAGUGUUUUCUGUAUUGCUCUUUGUUUCCCAAGAAAGCUCAUAUGUACCGUAAGGAUCUUACCCGGCAUUGGGUGGCCGAAGGUUUCACAAAGGAGAACGGAGAACUAUCGAUGGAAGAGAUAGCCGAGGGUUAUUACGAAGACUUGAUCUGGCGAAACCUACUGCAGGUGGAUCCUACCUUUGUAGACGGCAGCAGAUGCACCAUGCAUGAUCUUUUGAGAUCUCUUGCCCAGUUCUUGAUCCAAGGAGAGGGCGUCUAUGCCAGUGAUCUCCUAUCAGUGAAUACGACGAACCCAUUAACUAAGCUUCGUCGAUUGUCAACCUCAAACAUAGGGGAGAGAGUAGAGCUCCCCAGUAGAAUCAUCGAAGAGAACUGUUUAAGAUCUUUGCUCAUCUUUGAUAGCCCUCGUGCCCAUACAAUUGGAGAUGAUCUGUUUAAAAAGCUAAGGAACCUGAGAGUCCUGCUUCUGAACGACACAUCCAUCGAGAGUCUUCCCAAGUCCAUCGGAAAACUAUCACAUCUUAGGCACUUGGAUCUUGAUCGAACAAAGAUACGGGAGAUCCCCGAGUCUGUGGGGGGCCUUCGGAAUCUGCAAACUUUGAGCGUCUCGGGCUGCAAAUCCAUUAGUAAACUUCCGAAGACCAUCACGAAGCUGUACAAUCUACAAUGUCUUCGACUGCAGGACACUCCAUUAACAUCGUUGCCAAAGGGAAUGGGGUCACUCACAAAUCUCAGCGAGCUUGACGCGUUCAUCGUCGGCGAUGAUGGUGACUUGAAGGAGCUACAACCUUUGUCCAAGUUGAGGUCUCUGAGCAUAUACAGGUUGGAUAGGGCAAUAACAAAUGCAGGUUCGGUGCUGGAGGACAAACCUUUUCUUAGACAACUAUAUCUUUUCUGGGAGAGUACAGAUCGAGAAAAAUAUUCUGGUUCAUCAAGCCUGACGGAUCCUUUUACUGCUGAGGAAAUUUGCAGUCAACUCUGUCCCCCAUCAAGCCUGCAGUAUCUUUUUAUCAAAUGCUAUUCUGGUCUCCGUUUUCCGGGAUGGUUCCGGUCAACUUCUCUGGACACUGCUUUCCCCUGUCUGUUAUACUUGAGCCUGCAUGAUCUUCCAUCGUGCUGGGAGCUUCCUCCACUGGGCCUGCUUCCGGAGCUAAAAGUACUAUCCAUUAGAGGGGCAAAUGAAAUCACAAGCAUUGGCGCCGACUUCACAGGUGACAGAAAUUUAAGGGGAUCUCCUGCGUUUCCCAUGCUUGAGGUCUGA